CCGCUGGUGUAAACCGGUGUUGAAAUAAUCAUACACAGACUACCGGCAUCUUAUUAAUGUGACGAUUUUUUUUACAAACCGUUCUUAAAAACAAGUCGUACGUUCGCUGUAAUUUCAAUACGAGUCGAGCAUCUUGAUACAUCGAGACAGAUAAGAGAUGUACCUAAUUCAUUUCAAGUGAGCAUCUUGUGAAUUGUGAGCGGACCGACCCGAACUGCACGAUGUCUUGCUUGGCAACAUUCUUGUUAAACUUAGUAGGCGUGGUGACGGCCUUGUUGGCCAUAACUUACGCCUAUUUCAAAUGGACCUACCAAUAUUGGAAGAACAGGAAUGUGCCUUAUAUCGAACCCACAAUACCAUUCGGUAACACGGGCAACCCACUGACCGAACCUCUGGGUGAAGCUAUUGCUGAGCUGUACAGAAAAGCGAAAGCUAAAG